GUUCUGCGGUUGGUUGGUGCAGCAGGAAGGGAUUGAGUCCUGAAAUGGAAGUCCGGUCUUCAUUUGAUAAAUUUAGUCAAUCAUCUGAAUCUCUGUCCACAUUAAACAGUGAAGAAUUUGUCUUGGUUCAUCAGCAACCUGAGGAUCCCCAUGCAAAAGAUGAGAAACCUCAACUAAAAAUAUUUUCAAAUGGAGAUGAACAGCUGGAGAAAGCCAUGGAAGAGAUACUGAGAGAUUCUGAAAAAGGCCAAAUAAGUUAUACUACUGACUGUAAAGACUCCAAUGAUGCUUGCAGACAGUCAGCUGAAGAUGUGUCAGCCAGUCAGACAAACCAACCUUCUUUACAUCUAAUUCUGGACCCUUCCACUACAGAAAUCUCGGCACCUAGACCCUGUUCCCCUAAUGAACCCCCAGAAGAGGACAGUGUAUUAUUUAACAAAUUGAUGUAUCUAGGUUCUAUGAAGGUUUCUGCUCCUCGUAGUGAGUCAGAAGCUCUACGUGCUAUGGAAGCUUUGAAAUCCUCAUGCCAGUCCUCUUUUCCUGUGACUCUCUAUGUUCCGAAUGUCCCAGAAGGCUCUGUAAGAAUAAUAGACCAAACCAGCAAUACGGAGAUAGCCUCUUUCCCAAUCUAUAAGAUAUUGUUCUGUGCACGUGGACAAAAUGGAACUGCAGAGAGUGACUGCUUCGCAUUUACUGAAAGCUACUGUGGAACAGAGGAGUUCCAGAUUCAUGUUUUCUCCUGUGAGAUUAAAGAGGCAGUCAGCAGAAUUUUAUAUAGUUUCUCAACAGCGUUCAGACGGUCUUCCAAACAAGCCACAGACCAUGUUAAGGACUCUGUUCUUCCUACCCCAGAUAGUGAUGUGUUCACUUUCAGUGUCUCCUUAGAGGUUAAAGAAGAUGAUGGUAAAGGAAAUUUUAGCCCUGUACCAAAGGACAGAGAGAAAUUUUAUUUCAAACUGAAACAGGGAAUUGAUAAGAAAGUUGUGAUCACAGUCCAGCAACUCUCAAACAAAGAAUUGGCCAUUGAAAGAUGCUUUGGGAUGCUGUUAAGCCCAGGUCGAAAUGUGAAGAACAGUGACAUGCAUUUACUUGAUAUGGAGUCCAUGGGAAAGAGCUGUGAUGGGAGAGCAUAUGUUAUUACUGGAAUGUGGAAUCCCAAUGCACCUACUUUUCUAGUACUUAAUGAGGAAACACCUAAAGAUAAACGUGUGUACAUGACUGUGGCAGUGGAUAUGGUGGUCACUGAAGUGGUAGAGCCAGUCCGCUUUUUGCUGGAGACUGUUGUUCGUGUGUACCCAGCUAAUGAGCGUUUCUGGUAUUUCAGCAGAAAAACCUUCACAGAAACUUUCUACAUGAAGCUAAAACAGUCUGAAGGGAAAAACCACACAAAUGCUGGAGAUGCAAUUUAUGAAGUUGUAAGUCUGCAGCGGGAGUCUGAGAGAGAUGAUGAAUCAGUCAGUCCAACAAGUGGAGGGGGUCCACUAUCGCCACAGGAGGAUGAGGCUGAAGAAGAGAGUGAUAACGAACUCUCAAGUGGUACUGGUGACGUGUCUAAGGAUUGUCCUGAGAAGGUCUUGUAUUCCUGGGGAGAAUUACUGGGGAGAUGGCACAGUAACCUUGCUGUGCGACCAAAAGGACUGUCUACACUGGUGAAGAGUGGUGUUCCAGAGGCACUAAGGGCAGAGGUUUGGCAGUUGCUAGCAGGAUGCCAUGACAACCAGGCCAUGUUGGACAAAUACAGGAUUCUCAUCACAAAGGACUCUGCCCAGGAGAGUGUCAUUACACGAGACAUUCAUCGAACAUUUCCAGCACAUGACUAUUUCAAAGACACAGGAGGAGACGGGCAGGAAUCGCUAUACAAGAUAUGUAAGGCAUACUCUGUUUAUGAUGAAGACAUUGGCUAUUGUCAGGGACAGUCCUUCCUUGCUGCGGUGUUGCUGCUGCAUAUGCCAGAGGAGCAGGCCUUUUGUGUGCUGGUGAAGAUCAUGUAUGACUAUGGCUUGCGAGACCUCUACAAAAAUAACUUUGAAGAUCUUCACUGCAAAUUUUACCAACUAGAGAAACUAAUGCAGGAGCAGCUACCUGAUUUAUAUAGCCAUUUCUCAGACUUGAACCUGGAAGCUCAUAUGUAUGCAUCCCAGUGGUUUCUCACCCUCUUUACUGCCAAGUUCCCACUCUGCAUGGUCUUCCACAUCAUUGAUUUACUACUCUGUGAGGGUCUGAACAUAAUCUUUCAUGUAGCCUUGGCACUCUUAAAGACCUCAAAGGAGGACCUUUUACAGGCUGAUUUUGAAGGGGCUUUAAAAUUCUUCAGAGUUCAGCUGCCAAAGAGGUACAGAGCAGAAGAGAACGCUAGAAGACUAAUGGAACAGGCCUGCAACAUUAAGGUGCCCACAAAGAAGCUGAAGAAAUAUGAGAGAGAGUAUCAGACAAUGCGAGAGAGUCAGCUGCAGCAGGAAGACCCAAUGGACAGAUACAAGAGGGAGAACCGCAGGCUCCAGGAAGCCAGCAUGCGGCUGGAACAGGAGAAUGAUGACCUUGCCCAUGAACUUGUAACGAGCAAAAUAGCCCUCCGAAAUGACUUGGACCAGGCUGAAGAUAAGGCAGAUGUUCUGAACAAGGAGCUUCUCCUGACUAAACAGAAACUAGUGGAGACUGAGGAAGAAAAGCGGAAGCAAGAAGAAGAAACUGCCCAGCUGAAGGAAAUCUUCAGGAAACAACUAGAGAAGGCGGAAUCUGAAAUAAAGAAAACCACUGCCAUUAUUGCAGAAUAUAAACAAAUUUGUUCCCAGCUGAGUACCAGGCUCGAGAAACAACAGACAGCAAGUAAGGAGGAACUGGAGGUUGUGAAGGGUAAAGUGAUGGCUUGCAAACACUGCAGUGAGAUUUUCAGUAAGGAAGGAGCAUUGAAGCUGCCUGCUAUAAGCAGAGAGACCCAGGGAACAGAAAGAGAUGAUGAGAAGGAUGCACUCAAGAAGCAGCUGAGGGAGAUGGAGCUGGAACUGGCACAGACCAAAUUGCAGCUUGUGGAAGCAAAGUGCAAAAUUCAGGAGCUGGAGCACCAGAGAGGAACCCUUAUGAAUGAAAUCCAAGCUGCUAAAAACUCUUGGUUUAGCAAAACCCUGAACUCUAUCAAAACGGCCACGAGCACACAGCCACCACAGCAGCCUCCACCAUCCCAGCCACCCAAAGAGAGCAGUACAUAG